AUGGAAAUACUUUGUUGCUUAUGUGAGUGUUUUUUUGGAGAUGAUGAUAAAAGAGGUCUUUUAGGAAUUAUUUGUUGCUGUGUUUGUUGUUAUCAAGGAUAUAAAGAAAACAUAGCUGGGAAUAGAAAAAGAACUUUUAGAUACUUUAAUGCAGUUCUUCUCUUAAUAUUAUCAAUAGUUGCUGUGGUCUUAACAUCAAUUAUAUAAAGCAAAGCCUCUUUAUCAAAUUAAUAAAUAACAAAAAUAUUAGAAAAUUGGUAGCUUGGUGUUUUAAUAGAUAUUAAAAUAUUAGAUUCCUGUCCAUCAAAUUAUGAAUUGCUUACUUUUUAUAAAAUACCAGGAACAUAAGAUGGAUGUAUUUGUUUAGGAGAUAAAGAAAUAGACACAUAUGAUUGUUCAGAUUGGUAAUUAUUAAAGGGAUGUUAUAAUUAAGAAGCUAAAAGUCCAAUUGAAUUUUUUAAUUGGGCAUAACCAUCCAAUAAUUCUUUUAAAAGUGUGUAAAUUUGUGCAAUGAGAUCUUAAAUAAAUUUUUAUGACUUACUAUAAAAUAAAAUAACAACAGAGGAAGAUUGUAAAGCAAAUGGUUACAAAGUAUGUUAAACUUAAAGUUCAGAAAAUUUUUAAUGUGUUCUUUAAGAAGAACCUUGUCCAAUAAGAGAUAUAAUGAUUACUUAAUAUCAACUUUCUGAAUACGAUUUGCAAUUAAAUAAUUAUAGUUUAAUUUAUGAUAAUGGAUUUUAUGUAUACACUAGCCAGUCUAAAGAAACUACUCCUUUAUUGAAAAUGGCUAUUGUUAAAGGUAAGGGUGUAUGUUUCGAUGAAGAGUUAUUGAGUUUAAAUCCUAAAUUAACUGAAGAUUAUCUCCUUUUUUCUCCAUAACCAGAAGAUUGUCUUAUAGAUAAUAGUUACUACUAAAUAUCAAAAACAAAUGAAAGAGAACUUUUAACUCUUAACAAUAUUUUAGCUCUAGUUCAAUCAGAAAGACCUUUAUAUAAUGUUAGCAACAAAAUUGAAUAUUAACUGCUUGCUUAGAAUUAGAUAUAUUUUAAAUAAAAAUGUAGAAUUGAUAAGUAAAAAUUACUUUAAUUAAUAGUUUUCAAUAGCUAAUUGAUCUAGGCUCAAAGUUUGAUACUUAAGGUACAUUGAUUACCUGUUAAUUAGUAUUUGCAUGCUUUUUAUUUUGUGUGAUUUUUGUAAUAAUAUUAAAUGAAUUACAUCGUUGCUUUUAUAAAGAUUGUGGUAAAGGUUGCUAAACAUUAAUAAUAAUUAUUAAAGAAAUAUCAACUUAUUUACUUGCUAUAACUGUCAUUGUUAGUUAUUCCUUUAUGAUUGAUUUGGUUUUAUAGUUAGAGGAAUUUAAUUCAAAAAAUUGUUUACCAGAUAAUGGAUAAGAGAGAAUGAAUUUAGUAUAUAAAAGCUUGUCUGAUGCUUCUUUAUCACUUUCUUAUAGUCUAAUAAUAAAUAUUGGUAUUAUGAUAAUAGUAGACUUUGCUAUGACAACCUUUUUAUGUUUUAAAAUAUAUAAAUCAAAAUUUGGUUCAUUUAGAAACCCAAUACAUUUUAAUAAUAAUUAUUAAAAUGAUAACAAUUAUUAAAAUUAAAACCCUUACUAAGAUCCUUAUUUGAAAUAAUAAUAUUAAUAAAACCCUGCUCCAUAAUAUUAUGAAUAGGAAGUAAAUCAUAAUCAAAUUUCUUAAUAAUAUUAUAUAUAAAAUCAAGUUCAAGAUAUUCCAUAAAUAAUAUAAGAACAAAAAGUUGAAGAUAAUAAUAAAGAUUCUUAGAAUGAAGUGAGAGUAAUUUAGGAUAAAGAGAAAAAUUGA